UGCAUACUGUGUUUUUAUCUGUUAACAUAUUGAAUUGUAACAAAGUUCUGUGAAUUAACUGAUAUGGGAUCUCUCUAAAAUAUUUGUUGUAAAACGAUUUGUGCCGACAGAUAAUUUUAUUUGGGUUGACUUCACACAUCGAAAAGGAACUGUCACUUGCUAGGUUUUUCCGAUUGUUAUUUCACUUUUUAAACCGACAUCCAUUAUUAAUGACGAAAUUUAACACGCCCUUUGGAUAAAUUUGGUCGUUGUGUUAGUAAAUGGUACACCACCUAUAAAGCUUGUUGUUACUCUUCAGUGAACAUAACAUUGGCACGACGACCUAUAAUAAUCUUUCUCAUUUCUUUCCGGAUGAAUUGUAGCAAAUGUAUGGUUCUAAAGAAUAAUUUGUAAAAAAAUAUUUUGAUCAAUUCAAACAUUCCUUUUGUAGCUAAGGUCGCGAGUCGCCGAAACAUCUACAUUGUGGUUGCAGUGACGAAAAUGAUUUUGAGAUAAAUUUUAAAACAGUGUAGUGUUUACUGGCAAGAGAAGAAAAAAAAAUUGCAAUAUUUAAAAAGGUGUCGGGUGUGCUAUGUCGAUAUUGCAGUGCAGUGUUUGGAUGCUGUGAUGGACUGCGGCGUGUUACGACCACUGACGGUCGGCUCUUGGAGUGUCAAGUGCUGGUCAUAGCCUGCACAGCAUACAAGUAUUAUGAAUAAACGUGAGGGUACCAAGGACAAGGAACGUCAGAGCGACGACAAAAGAACUUCCACAAUUUAAAUUACUCGAUGGUGGGCUGUGGAAGACUUAUGGCCUAUGGCGUAACCGGUGCGGUGGGCGGGCGCGGCGUGGGCGGGGGCAGCACGAUGCACACGUCGCGGCACUCGGUCACCUCGUCCUCGGGCGUCCUUAUGGUGGGGCCAAACUUCCGCGUCGGCAAGAAAAUUGGCUGCGGGAACUUCGGCGAGCUUAGGCUCGGGAAAAAUCUAUACAACAAUGAACACGUAGCUAUUAAGAUGGAACCUAUGAAGUCGAAGGCUCCACAACUACAUCUAGAGUACAGAUUUUACAAGUUAUUAGGAACCCACGCGCCGUCUACGGCCGAGGGGAUCCCGGAGGUGUAUUAUUUCGGGCCGUGCGGUAAAUACAAUGCAUUGGUAAUGGAACUUCUCGGACCCUCGCUGGAAGACCUCUUCGAUCUGUGCGGGAGGCGGUUCUCUUUAAAGACAGUGUUGAUGAUAGCAAUGCAACUCUUGCACCGCAUCGAAUACGUUCACACUAGACAUCUUAUAUACAGGGAUGUGAAGCCGGAGAAUUUUUUAAUAGGUAGAACUACGAGUAAAAGAGAAAAAAUCAUACACAUCAUUGAUUUCGGUUUGGCCAAAGAAUAUAUAGAUUUAGAGACAAACAAACAUAUCCCAUACCGGGAACACAAGUCGCUGACGGGGACCGCGAGAUAUAUGUCGAUAAAUACACAUUUAGGAAAAGAACAAUCUAGACGCGACGACCUCGAAGCUUUGGGACAUAUGUUUAUGUAUUUUUUACGUGGCUCGUUACCGUGGCAGGGUUUAAAAGCUGAUACACUCAAAGAAAGAUACCAAAAAAUCGGUGACACAAAAAGGGCGACGCCCAUAGAGGUGUUGUGCGAGGGUCAUCCCGAGGAGCUAGCGACCUAUUUACGUUACGUGCGUAGAUUGGAUUUCUUCGAGACGCCAGAUUACGAUCAACUCAGACGUAUGUUCAGAGAUCUGUUCGAGAGACGGGGAUAUGUGGACGACGGGGAAUUUGAUUGGACCGGCAAAACUAUGUCAACUCCGGUGGGUUCUAUUCAAACUGGUCAUCAGGAGAUAGUGGUUUCACCAAACAGGGAUAGACAUCAGCCUUUCCAUAAGGAUGAUUUGUGUGAUUAUAUUAUGGGUUUGGUUGUGGACGAUGAGGCGGCGCUUAUAUCUGAGGUUAAGGACUCCGGUACUGGCGGGACGACCAACACCGGCAACUGGCCACACAGCGGCAAGGCAACACCCAUCACAACGGGACACCUCACACCGGCUGAUAGGCACGGAUCAGUACAGCUAUUGAAGAAUAAGCAUUUUCGGUAUGUGAAAUUUCCCGGCUCGGUGUCAACGGUGGUGUCGUCUACUAACGGCGAGCUGGGGGCCGACGACCCCACGGCCGGUCACAGCAACACCCCCAUAACACACCACGAGGUCGACGUCGUGGACGACACCAAGUCAGUGUUACAACUGCAAUCCGUUUAUUCCAGGUGCUGUUGUUUCUUCAAACGCAAAAAGAAGAAGUGCGCGACCCGCGCGUACAAGUGACGUCACACCGACGGCUGACAAACAACACUCACAACAACAAUAAUAUAAUACAUAUAUAUAUAUUAUAGUGUAUGAAACACGUUGCUUUAUGUUAACGGUAUAUUGAUUUAGGGUUGUCAACUUUGAUGAUUCAAUGAUAUAGGGCUGUCAAUUUUGAUGAUCAACUAAUUGAGGGUUGCCAAAUUUGAUGAUUCUCUAACUUAGGGUUGUCAACUUUGACGAUUAACUAAUUUAUGGUUGUCAUCGUUGAUGAUUCCCUGAAGUAGGUUUAUCAGUUUUGAUGUUUCAAUAAUGUAAUUUGUCAAAAUUUGAUAAUUAAUUAGCUGUUCAUUAAACAGCGUCGGAUUAAUUUAAUCGUAUUUAAUUUUUAUUUUUCUGCCAAUAUCACAGUUAACAUGUAUUACGUGAUACUUAUUAACAUGUUUGCAUUAUGAUUAUAGAUUUUAUUUUCUCUAAUAUUAUUUUGAUUGUACCGAGCUGUUAACGAGUUAUUCUCAAACUCUAAUGGACUUACUUAAUGACUAAAUAAGCACAUUUAAUCCAAAGAGUCUGUCUGUUACAGUUGGAUAUUGCUCAAUAGAAAUCUGGAAGGCCUAUUAGUAUUAAGCGGUCUUGUACUUCAUAUGAAGACUUUUGUUGUUUUUUUUUUUUGUUAAAUUCACUGUCAUUAUUAUUUAUGAUUUCAUGUUUACAAAUAUUGGCAUUCUUCAACAUUUCAUAUAAUUUAAUUUCUCUUAGAUGAAUAUUUUGAUGUAAUAAUAACAUUUACAAAAUUUUUUAUUGUAUUAUUUACAAUGGUGGCAACCCUAAUUCAACGAAUGAGAGCAUUUAUUCAUGUGCACGGACAUUUAGUAUCAGAUAACUUAAUAUAGCUGACAUCAUUACUAUCGAUAACAAGAUAAUAUGGAAUUAAUAUAAUGUAUUAUGAAUUUAUGGUGCAUAUUGGUAAAUGGAAAUGGAAAAUAGUCUGGAAUUUUUUAAAUAUUGGAAUUUAGUAAUGAAGUCAGCGGCAUCACGUGUAACGGACGUUUAUGAUUCACUGUAACGGCGUAGUAUCACCAGAAUCUGUUUUAUAUAUCCGUCGCUUCAUAUCUGUCGCACGCGGAAUUCAUUAAUAUAUUUUUUUUCUAUAAUAUUAAUCAUGUAUCACAUAUAUUUUAAUAAUCAAAACCAGUAUAUAGAAAUUAUAUUUUUUAAUAGCGUCAGUUUACGUUUCGAUUGGCAAGGCAGCUAGUUGUAUUUAUAUUAAGUGUACUUUGAGAGCCUUAUUAAUAAAAAGGAUUGUCCGAGGUCAUUAUACCGUAGCAUGUCAUAAGGAUGUAUGGACCAAAAGUUUUUAUUAGUAAGGGCAAAAAGUGAAAUGUAAAAUUUUAAUGGAAAUGAAAUUUUUGAUGACGUCCAACUUAUAAUGUACAAUAAACCUACGGUCAGAUAUUAAAGUGUUAUUGAUAAUUAAAUUAUUUUGUUAUCUGUGGAGGCGAGACAUUUAUUAUCUGUCAGUUCUUAUAAUGGGUCGCGCUGGGAUAUAUAUAUAUUAUUUGUUAAUUUUUAUUAUGCAAGUAUGUUUUUUUCUCUAGUGUCCGUCUGUUUGUUUAGUAUCGACCUUCCGAACAUAAUAGUUAUUAUGAAAAUAGAAUUCUUCCAAAAUAAUAGUUUCAUAGACUUUCAUAGAAUGCUCUUAUAUGUUUUGUUCCCGUCCGUAUAUUAAUUUAGUAUUGAGAUUGUUUUGUUUUACCUCACCAUCACGAGAAUUCAUUCCAGAUCACGCGAACAAAUUAACAGUACAUUUUCAUAUAUAGAAUAUAAAAUAUAUAUAUAGGUUAGUGCAGUUAGCUGCGAGUUCAUUAAUAUAGAACCAGCCUGUAAUUAUUCUUUUAAGUAACAAUUACCAUAAAAUAUAAAAAAAAACAUGACUAUUUUAAGUUGUAACAUCUUUUUGGAUAGUGUUUGAUUCGACCGGCGGUUGUGAGGAUACCGAAAUAUUUACAAUACGUGUAAACAAUUGAGAGAUAAAAAAAAUUCAUAUAGAAUUAUAAAAUGGCUGGAACGGGAACGAUGAAACACUAUCCAACGAGAUCAUUAUUCAUAAUAUAGAUUUUAUUUAGUCAUUUGUAUGAGUAAGUUGAUUUCUUGUGCGUACAUUAUUUAAUUGGCUCCGUUCCUAUAGUGAGGCCGCGUUAUAUCCUACGUUUUAUUUAUGCCUGAUAUAGAAUUAGUGAUGUGAUUAGGGAAAUAUUGAAAUCGCUGACACGAUACACGGUCCCGUGUGAUGUCGGCGGAGGUGGUCGCUGUCGGACUCAUGUUAUAUGGCGUGCAAUAAUUUAUGUGUAACAUUACAAUAGUUGUAUGAAGAAAAAUAUAUAAGUUGUUUCAAUCGGUGACCCGUGAACACGUCGCUGACUCCUAAGACUGAUUGGAACAUCGCUGGAACAUCGCGGAUACUGUCAAUUUGUAUGAUAAAUGUUAAUUUCAUAGCAAUAUAAAGAUCUAUCGGAUGUCGCCGGGCGUGGCGGGGGUAUACGCUGACGUCAUUCGGAGUUACGUAGUAUUAAUAGACUGAGUAAACAGAUAUCACUUGGCCACUUGAUUUGAUAUAUUUUAUAAUACUGUAUAUGCUUGCAUCGAACUAACGAUCCGUGGCUCACACGGACACGGGCGACAUGUAGCAGCUCGGAUGACACGAUUGUAUUUAGCUUGGAUAACAAAGAUAGUGGAAAAUAUUGAAAUCGUGAUAGAUUAAGGGUUUGUAUUGUGAUUGUGAGUGACACCGCGGUACGUGUCUAGUGUACUAAGUGUGGCCUAUACGGUGUCCACGGUAUAGACCAAAGGAUGUGUCUGAAAACACUCGAUAUUGGCGAUUUUCUAUGGUGUAUUCGAUAAGUCACCCAUAAUUUAGACAUCACAACUUUUUCUCCCCCUUAUCAAUAAUUUCGGCUAAGUGAAGUUGAGAAUAUUUUGUAGUGACGUCGUCGCAUGUUAUCUGCGACGGACGGAACGUUUAUAGGCAAAUGAGUUUUUUGAUAUGGUAUUGUGAAAGAGAUAAAGUAUAAUUAUCCUCUCGUUGAAUAGAACGUAAAUUGUACACAUCGCAGUAUAACCGAAUGUAAGCGUAAGUCUUUAAGUAAUUAAUAGUUGUACCUAAUUGUUACUUUCUAUUUGCUAGAUAGAUAAUCAAAUUAGAGUGGAUAUUGAAAUUUGAAGUCAAAUUGUGUGAUCUCUAGACGCGAAUGAUUUUUUCGUCGUUUUUAUAAUGUGAGGUGUGGUCGCGGGUAUUUGUCGCCUUUGUAUGGACCUUCCAUUACCACAGACGCUAUAUGGCACCGUUUUGUUUGACGACUAACAUUCGGUACGUCCUCAUUAGAUGGGUGUCUAAAACCCGUGCUGAGGUUUCGAGUGCGCCGACAGACGCGUAUCGUACUGUGUAGUUAAUUUAAAUUAUAAUUUUUAAAGUUUCGCUUACUAAGUAAGUCAUGUUCUGUCGGCUUGAGGCGAGUGGGUGUUUUUUUGAGAUAGUUAUUAACUUUUAUGUAUUAUAAUACAUGAUGCUUUUGAAACUGAAUUGAAUUCUUAUUGUUAAGUAUAUAAAUAUUCAUUAUCAUAGAAGUCGGUUCUCAGUGUUUAUUUUUUUUUUCUCUUCUGUAAAAAUGUUAAUUUGCAAACGCAAUUUGACUUAUAUUCAGUUAAGGUCACAACCUGUUUUUAAAAAAUACGAAAAUAUUUGUUAACUCAUAAUUAAAUAAAGCUUAUUAUAAGA